AUGGAAGCGUUCUGGCGAGAUUCCAAUUCAGAAUGCACAGUUCUCUCCGUGGGAUUUCCUCGUCCCUUCGCGUUGGUGAGAGAGCCGAUUGCACCCGGCAGGCAGAGAGGAGGGGAGGGAGCCGGCUGGAGAAAUGAGGCCGGAGGGGCGGGGCAGGGAGCUGGACGGGGCAGGGCCGGCGGGGCAGGAGGGCGGGGCCGGCGGCACGGGACGGGGCGGGGCCGAUGGGCGGGGCCGGUGGCGGCGCGCACGCGGCGGCUGCAGGUCCGCGGUCGGACGGUAGAGGCCUCCCUUCCGAGGCGGCGGCGCGGGUGCAACCCGCUGGGGCUCCGCUCCCCCUGCGCGAGCCCGCGCGUCCUUCCCGGCGAGGUCCCUGCGCGGCGCGGCCAGGCUCAGUGUUGUAUCUCCUUUCGCUUACCUGCUAUUUGCCUGCCCUCACUGAAGCGCCCUGGUCUCACAGCUACCAAGCAGCCUCAUCAGUCUGGGGUUAUUUCACUGAAGAUGUGCUUAAUUCCAGAUAAACUACUGGGUGUCUACGCCGAGGGACGCGACAGCUGUUCCCGAGAAGCCGGCUGGUCAUCCGGGAGCGGGGUGAUGCCGUCCCCUCCGGGCGUUCAGGAGCCGGAUUUAGGCGCCUUCCACCCCGCCGCGCCGUUGGGCUAAGGGGCAGGCUUCUAAUGUGAGGAAAAACAUGGAAUGACAAGUGUGGGAAAGAGCAAGCACUAAAUUACUGUCAGAAAAAUAAACGGAGUAGCACAGUGGUGCUCGGUGAUUUACGGGGGCAAUUAGUCACCACCCCACGGCGCUGCUGAGGACAGCAUGGCAGCAGACUCGCCAGGCCCGAGAGGAAGAAGAGGCUUUGCACUGCUCUCCAGACAACUUUUCAAACAACAAGAGAGGAUAUUUGAGCACAUUAGGUUCCAUGUCUUCCUUCUGGGUGCCCACCCUUCACAUUAUUCAACCAACCUAAUCCAUAAACAUAUUUUUAGCAUAAUAUUAACUUGUUCUGUGUGUGUUAAAAAGACCAACUGCAGCUUUUUUCUCUCCCACUGUCCAAAGUAGGUGUUUCCCUAUCCCGUAAAAAGCAAAACAAACAAACGGAAAAACCCUUUCCCCACUCACAAAUUGUCCCCCUGAUGUGUGCCUUCGGUCUGUCUCAUUACUUUUUUUUUUUUUUUUGCGGUACGCAGGCCUCUCACUGUUGUGGCCUCUCCCGUGCGGAGCACAGGCUCCGGACGCGCAGGCUCAGCGGCCAUGGCUCACGGGCCCAGCCGCUCCGCAGCAUGUGGGAUCUUCCCGGAGCGGGGCACGAACCCGUGUCCCCUGCAUCAGCAGGCAGACUCUCAACCACUGCGCCACCAGGGAAGCCCUGUCUCAUUACUUUUGCAUCUUGCUACUGUGUUCUGUAUUUGCUCAGAGCCACUGGGUCCUAAGGAAUUUGGUCUGCUGCUCCUCCGGGGAAGUUUGGUGAGCUGGUACAAGGAGGUGAUAAACAAGGCCAUAAAACACAGGGUAAAUGAAGAAGAUACAUAAACUUCCUGAUAUUUCUU